AUGAUUACCUGCCAACUCCGUUAUAUCGUCAACCAACGAUCAACAAUCUUAGGGAACUUGCAAUUAUAUAAACAUGUUCACCAAUUGCUCGACGAAAUUCCUUGCUCAAAGCCAGCCCUCAUUUGCCCUGUGAACCAGUCUCUAUCCACUUGUCUACGGGCUAAUCUCCCUUUUGAUGCCUUUAAAAAGUUCAAAGAACUCCUUAAAUCUGGCCAAUUUAAUGUCAUCGAAGAAGUUACUCUGGCUCUUGCUCUUAAGGGGUCUUGUGGUAAUUCAAAACAAGGGACGCAGGUUCACAAAUUUGCUAUCACCUCCGGGCUCAUGUCCUUUAUUACGGUUCCAAAUUCAUUGAUGAACAUGUACUCUAAAUCUGGGCAGUUUGAUAAGGCUUUGUGCAUCUUUGAGGGCUUAAAUGAUCCCAAUAUGGUUUCAUGGAAUACUCUGCUUUCGGGUUUUCAAAGAAGUGAAGAAGCGUUUAAUUUUGUUCUGAGGAUGAAUCUUAAUGGGGUUCUUUUCGAUGCAGUAACUUGUACCACAGCGCUUUCUUUCUGUUUCGACCUCGAUGGUUUUCUUUUCGGGUUGCAGUUGCAUGCUCUUGUAAUGAAGUCUGCAUUUGAUUGUGACGUCAAUGUGGCAAAUGCCCUUAUAGCUAUGUAUUCUAGGUGGAAACGUUUAGAUGAAGCCCAAAGAAUGUUUGAUGAAAUGCCGAACAGAGAUUUGGUUUCAUGGACUGCGAUCCUCUCGGGGUACAGCCAGGAUGAGAGUUCUGGGUUAGAAGCGAUUUGGACAUUCAUUGAAAUGGUAAAACAAAGAAUGUACCUUGAUUAUGUGCCAUUUACUGUGGCAGUUUCAGUCUGUGCUCGUCAGAGGAGCUUAGAGGUUGGAAGACAAACUCAUGGUCUAUGUAUAAAAGAAGGGUAUGGUACGCAUGUUUCUGUUUGUAAUGUUUUAAUGUCAAUGUAUGCAAAUUGUGAGGUAGUUGAAGAUGCAAAAUCGCUAUUCAGAAGAAUGAAUGAGUGUAACGUGAUCUCAUGGACUACAAUGAUUUCUAUUGACGACGAGUAUGCUAUACACCACUUCAAUGAAAUGCGAUCAAAUCAUGUUUCUCCAAAUGAGGUUACAUUUGUUGGAUUGAUCCGUGGAAUUACUGUUAGGAAAUUAGUGAAAGAAGGCCAAAUGGUUCAUGCGUGUUGUGUAAAGAGUAAUUUUUUGUCAGAAUCAAAAGUUUGCAGCAGCCUUAUCACCAUGUAUGCUAACUUUGAGCUGAUACAAGACUCGAUUAAGGUUUUUGAGAAACUUGAAUCCAAAGGUAUUGACUUGUGGAAUGCUUUAAUUUCUGGCUAUUCUCAAAAUGGAAUGUUCACGGAAGCUUUGAGGACAUAUUUAUCAGCAAUUAAAGAAUGUAAGCCAGACCAGUACACAUUUGGUAGUGUCUUGAAUGCAAUUGGUUCUUGUGGACAUAUAUCUCUAAAACAUGGUCAACGGUGCCACUUACAUUUGAUAAAGGCUGGAUUUGAUACCAAUCCUAUAGUGUCCAAUGCUCUUCUGGAUAUGUAUGCAAAGCGUGGGAGCAUUUCUGAGGCUCGGAAAGUUUUCAAAGGGAUUCCUCAAAAAAUCCAAUCUACUUGGACAUCAAUUAUAUCUGCCCAUGCCAGGCAUGGAGACUACAAUUCAGUGAUAGCUUCAUUCCAAGAGAUGAAAAACCAAGGAGUGAAACCUGACUCAAUCACCUUUCUUUCCACACUAACAGCCUGUGGCCGAAAUGGAACAAUUGAUAUGGGUCAACUACUGUUUAAAUCAAUGCUGAGAGAAUAUAAGAUUAAACCUUCUUCUAAGCAUUAUUCUUGUGUGGUGGAUAUGCUGGCUCGUGCAGAUAGAUUGGAAGAGGCAGAGAGGCUGAUGGAUUGCAGUCCAGAAGGGCCAGAAUUGUCUAUGCUGCAAAGCUUGCUGUGGGCUUGUAGGAUACAUGGAGAUGUAGAUAUGGGUGAGAAAAUAGCUGAUAUUUUGAUGGAAAUGGAGCCCAACGAGUCAGGUUCGUAUGUGUUGAUGUCAAACUUGUAUGCUGAGAAGGGGAAGUGGGAGAUGGUAGCAGAAGUAAGGAAAAUGAUGAGACAGAGAGGAGUGAGAAAGGAAGUGGGAUUUAGUUGGGUGGAUACUGGUGACAUCAACAGUUCAUUGUAUUUGCAUGGAUUCUCAUCAGGAGACAGAUCCCACAAACAGUCUGAAGAGAUCUGCAAAAUGGCUGAAUGUCUAGGUUUACAUAUGAAACUUUUGUGAUAGACAGGCGAAAAUUAAAGAAAACAGAAUCAAACAAUUUGAAGCAACACAGAUCCAAAUACAAUUCAAUAAAAUUAUAAAAGCCUCCAUUGAAAUUCCUUCAAUUUUACAUCAUUUGCUCAGAAAGCAAAUCCCAUAAUUUUCAGACAUUAACCAACUUGAAAGGAAACAGCCUAAGCUCUCUCUCCUCUAAUCCUCCUAGCAAGCUGGAUAUCUUUAGGCAUGAUUGUAACUCUCUUAGCGUGAAUAGCACAGAGAUUCGUAUCCUCAAAAAGCCCGACGAGAUAAGCCUCAGCAGCUUCUUGAAGUGCCGCGACAGCGCUGCUUUGGAACCUCAAAUCAGUCUUGAAAUCCUGAGCGAUUUCCCUAACCAGCCU